AUGGACAACGUUGACCCAACGAAACCUUCGUUGCUUUCUCCGAACUCACAGACCCCUACUGAGUUGUAUCGAAAACCUUCAGUCGAACGAGAUGGCAAGACUGGAAAGAGGGGACGUGCAAGCAAACCCAAGGUCAAAUCCGGUUGUAUCACUUGCAAAACUCGAAGGGUAAAGUGCGACGAAACCAAGCCACAGUGUAUAAGAUGCCAGAAGUUUGGCCGCGUUUGCGAUGGCUACCUACCCGAGCAACCCCCAGCGCGAGGAUUUAGCAACAUUCGACCUCGAACGCCGUCGGCAGGUUUGUACAAUCCAAGUGUUUCGGCCCACGAUACAGAGGAUGAGAGUCGCUAUUUCCGAGUGUUCUCGGAGAGAACUGUUUUUGCACUGUCUGGUUUAUUUGAAGGCACACCCAGUAGUCACUUUUGGACGCAGCUUGUUCUACAAGAGAGCCACAACCUCAAAGCCAUCAGACAUGCAGUGAUGGCUCUUGGGGCACUCACUAAAAGUCUAGAAAAUGCACCACAACCUAGCCUCAAGGUCAACAUUAUCCAGUCUCUCGAUCAAAAACACCGCGAGCAGGCGGUUCUCCAGCAUCUCAAGGCAAUUCAAGCUCUCAAUCUCUAUAUUUCGUCAUCCACAGCACCGCAGUUGAGGAACGCACUCCUGACGUGCCUGCUUAUUAUAUGUUUCGAGGUUUUCCAAGGCGGGUUUUUGUCUACUGUUCAACAAACUGAAAGUGGUAUUAGUAUGCUUCGAAGCUACUAUAGUGGGCAAGGUGGCUCUCGGACUUUACUUCCUCGAUACAAUUCGCCAGACGCAAGGGGGGAAACUUCCAAAGCUGGUCCAAGUCUUCAACCACAAUUGGACAGCAUGACCUUGGCCAAUCCAUCUAUGCUAUUAUACGGCAGAGAAUUCUUAGAACCUGCGAACAUGCAGAGACUUGAAAUUGGUGUACAGGCACCUUCGCCCGAACACAGCAUGUACGGGGAGACGUCGUAUUCAGAUUUUAGCACAGACAUCGAAACUACUCGCAUUUUCUCAACGCAGAAUUAUUUGAACGCUCUACCCAGCAACACCACGACUGCACACUGGCAAGCGGGGUCGCACUUGUCAUCUGCCAACAGAGCUACAGAGCCUAUGAGAAGUCGCUCUGCUUCCAUUGCCUCGUCAUCUGUGACCGGGAGUGGUCCUCCGUCGAGAUCUGGGUCAAUCAAUCAAUCAUCUGUUCCAACGCCCAAUCCUCAGCGACCACUAUCUACCUUUUCUGGAGCGCCAAGCCCGUCUCUAUUACAAAGUGAUAUGAAGAUCGAAGACGUUCUCAUUCAGGCGUUUAUCCGACUUGAUAGCCAAUGUCUCACAUGUGGGAUACCGCCGUCAAAGCCUCCGAUACAAUGGGACAUCAAAAAGAUUCACCACAUAGCAAUCCCAAAUGUCUUCUCGAAUUUUUAUAUGGCUCAUCGAUGUUGGGAUUUUCUUUUUGACCGUAUAGUGCGGUUCCGUCACCAAACACUCUACAGCAGACUAUACGCCCCAGAGACGAGCGAUUCCCCAACAAACAUUGCGACCGAGGUAGAGUUCUAUCGCAACCAGCUCAUGGCUUUCCACAACGCCUUCCGCCCGAUUCUUGACGAGUCUAUACAAAAUGAUGGCACUAUUAUUAAUCCCGCAGCCAUAUUGGUCUCUUUGUAUCAGCGUUAUACCGCAAUACUGCUCUCUGUUAUCUUAGAGGGUUCCGAAAUGGUCUACGAUAAUCACCUCUCCGAUUUCCAAUAUAUCGUUAAUACAUGUCGACUGCUUGCAGAAUCUAUCGUAUCGACGCAACUUCCACGUAUGCCGCGCUUCAGUCUCGACACUGGAAUCGUACUUCCUCUCUCGCUUGUUGCUAACAGAUGUCGAGAUCGAACUCUCAGACGGGAGGCUAUCGAUUUACUGUUUGCCAAUCCAAGGCAGGAAGGGAUGUGGGAUUCAAUUUUAGUUGCCCGCGUAGGAAGUUGGAUUUCAUCGUGGGAAGAAGAGGGGCUGCCUGUUUUACUUGACACGUCCAGCCACUCUGAUAUGUCUGGGUUGUCUUCAAACUUGCAUUCGAACUAUGCACAUUCGAUGCAUGAAAAUUCUCAGUCGUGGAAUUUUAACAGCCAUACGCCGGAACUGGUCGAUUCAAUGACUGACAGAAUGACAAUGAUGGGUGUAGAUCCGUUCGCUACCACGAACACCGGUGGACUGUUCGACGAUAUGAUGUAUGCACCAGACAACAUGCAUACUCAACGCCACCCAACAGGAAGAGGCCUCAUUCCUGGUGCUGGCGAUGGGUUCUCCGUGCCCGAGGAAAACAGGGUCCAGCUUUCACACAUGGAGUUUCACAUCAACGACCGAUACGCUCUGAUGAGAGCUCGAAAGGUGAUUUCGAGUGCCGAUGGGACCCAUGAAGAGAGGGAGACUAUCCUUAGAUGGUAG